AUGGAGACCAGACAGGGGCUUUUCAAGAAACUUGGGAUCUUCUCUGGGGUAGCCAUCGCCCUCUUCCUCGUGGGGAAGAAGCACAUCGCUCUCCUGAAAGAACGGCGCCAUCGGGAAGAGCUGGAUGCGGUGGUGGACCGGGAUGAUGAUGAUUUCGGCAUUGUCGUGCCCCGCCCCGGGUUCCCGGCCCACAACCAGAACUUGGACUACGAACUGGACCUUCGGCCGUCGAAAUACGAAGGUGCCGGUAACCUGUACUCCACCCGCCGACAGGGUGAUCGGUUCCUGAUGUGGGCGAUUAUCCAAUCCAAAGUGCUCGGCAACGGCGACGACAACGACAAGUGA